AUGCGCAGAAUUCCCGUAUUGGUCAGCGUUGCACAAGUAGAGCGAUCGUUCAGGCACCAGAGAGAGCCUUUAGCUGGGAAAAAAUCGACUCCAUAUACACGAAGACAGAGCCGCCUGCAGAGUGGAAAUUCUUGGCCACAAGAAGCGCGCAGCAGCAGUAGCAACAUGGACAGUAGCAGCGAGAACGUCAGCGUGAGCAGCGCGCUCCGAAAAGUAUUGGAGAGCCGAGUAGGCGCAGCCGCACCAGCAAGCGGCAUGAGCGCGGCCGAGCAGCUCUUCUUAGAAGAGGGAGCUGAGUGCGGCGUACGUGAAGAUGGCCGUGCAUGCUGCGAUGUGCUCCCGUCUGAUGUAAUGACCCACGUUCUCCCGCAGUGCCACGCAUCUGCUGCUGUUCGCAGCAGUGAGAAUGCUGUCCUCUGCGGAGUCCAGUUGCAGGUUGGGAAACCGUCCGCUCUUGCUCCUGGUGAAGGAAUCGUAUUUCUUGGUAUCGACUGCGCUGCUGCUGUGGGACCGCGAGUAGGAGGUGGAGGUGCGGCAGGAGCAAGGGGCCCCAGCGAUUUUGCUGAAGGGACCGGAGGAUCGCAGCGCAUGCAGUCCUUAUUGGUAGAUUUGAUGCUUGGGCCCGCCGCAAUCGAUAAAUCCAAGCUGUGCAUUCUCCCUGGAAAGCUAUGCUUUCACGUGUACAUCGACUGCAUGGUUCUAAUGGCGGGGGGAAGCCUUCUCGACGCGCUCAGCCUUUCAAUCGUGGCUGCGCUGCGCACGCUAAUCCUACCCAACGUAUUUGUGGAGACCGACGAGGAGGAUGAGGACGAGAAAGAGGGCGAUGAAGGCGAAGGAGACAACGCGAUUUUGAACGUCGCUUGCGACGAGCGACCCCAUGAUGUUAGCGUGCGACUGCAGUGUUACAUAUACAGCUAUAUCAGGCAGAUCCACCGAAACCUGAAGGGGGAGGUAAACACCUCUAUACUUCCAUACACACAUGGUGGACAUAACAAUCGUGUACCUGCUGACGUGCGCGGUCUCAUCCGUUUAGAGACAGCCGGAACGCCUUUUCCUGCCAGCAACAUUCCCCUCAUCGUCACGGUCGGACAGAUAGGCCGUCACUAUGUAUGGGAUAUGCGGGCCAGCGAGGAAGCGGCGUGCAGCAGCCGCCUUGCGGUGGCUGUUACAUCUCAAGGUCUUAAAAGUGUCGGUUUGCAAACGUUGGGAAACUCGCUCGUCGAUCCUGCAACCUUUUCGUCUCUCAUGGUGAGCUCACAGCGCGUCUGCGGAGAACUCUUCAACCGUUUAGAAGAGCGUCUGCGCAUUCAGCGGCGUCAGCAGCGGCAGCAACAGCUGCAUGCCUUCAUGGAAAUGAUGCAGGAGUUGUAG